UUUUGUUCAUACACUCUAAAAAGGCAUAUCGAAAAUUAGCAUUAAAAUACCAUCCUGAUAAAAAUCCAACAAGUGCAGACAGAUUUAAAGAGAUAAGCCACGCCUAUGAAGUAUUAAGCGACGAACAUAAACGAAGGGUGUACGACAAAUACGGCGACUUGGGGCUUCAAAUGAUGGACACGGUAAUCAGCCCAUUGUUUGAUCCACAGAUUGAUUCGUUAUUAUGCACUUUUCUGGUGACAGUAUCACUCUUAUUUACACUCUUGAUUCUCUUCUUUGGCUUGUUGGUUGUUCGCAUUGAUGGAAUCGUGUUAUGGCCAUGGCCAUUUGUGUGGAUACCAGCAUGGAUAGUGGAUUUUAUUCUCUUGUUCAGUCUUGUUCAUUAUCUAUUCAGACCCACUCAGGAACAGGAGAGCAAGCAAUACGAUCCAUGGAUCCAAGGUUGUCAAAAAUCUGUCUAUUUGAUCCAAUUCACCUUGCUGAUUGUUUUCCAAGUGUUUAUUGUCCUUCAAUUGAAUUCCAGUCUGAAUUGGUCAGCAUGUAAUAUAUUUAUCCCUUAUUUUGUAUAUGAAGGUAUUGCAUGGAUCCUGAAUGGAAUUAAGAUAUUGGUGGGCUGUUUAGCACUCGAUUCAAUGCUAGAAAGACAAAAGAUACCUGCUUUUAUAUUCUCUCAAUGUUGGUUUAGUGUAUUAAGGUUCUGUACGUUCUUGUUGAUUGCUUUACGUCUUGAUCAGUACAUCACUUGUUCUUGGGUCAUUGUGUUUAUACCCGUUUAUCUGACAGGGUUUAAAUGGGCUUUGGAAUUAGUCUAUCGAUACUGUGUUUAUUCACGUAUGACUCAGCCCGACAUAGCUCAACAGGGUAAAAUCACCGUGCUGGUUGGUGCUGUUGCAUUUAUGAUGAUAGGAAUUCUAAGCUAUGCUUUGAUUGGUCUGAUUGCAAGGAGAUUAGAUGGUGUCUUGUAUGUUCCAAUGUCAAGUGUAUUUAUUCCAUUAUUUAUUGUGCUUUCAUUCUGUCUAUGUUGUUCAGGUUGCUGUUUACCUUGUUUACUUCAAUUAUCUGUUGUUUCAGACUUGGAAAAUGCUGAAUGGACAAGGCGCUUUAUAGAUCCAAGUAAACGAAUUACUGGCUAAAUUUUGUAUAUUAUUAGGUAAAUCAUCGCCAAUCUUAUUGUGUCCUAAUCUAGGCACCACUUGCUUUGAUACUCUUUCUUCAAUUGGCUUAAAGACCUUGUCAAUCACGUGUUCAAUGGGUUCAUCAAACAAAUACGGCAAGACUGGC